UCUACGUGUUUAUGUUUGGAGAAUAUACAUUGGAGUCGAUCUAAAGUCCACCUUUGGAGAUACCGUCUUCACUGUUUUCAAAUAAAGAUUUCUAGUACGAGUAGUAGUAUUUUCUCAAGAGAUUCUUGUUUCAUCUUUCUCUUUAAAGGCAUUUUGUCUCAUUACUUGUCUUCCUCCAUAGCUUCACUUAAAAUGGAAGAACUUUUGCCCCACCAGAAUCCUUCGACAGCUAUGGAUAGUGUGGUUUUGGAUAUUGAGAGCUUGAUUCAGUCUCCAGAUAAAAAUUCUGGAAGCCCAAAAAUGACAAGGGUGCUAGCUCGAAAACCCUCUUAUAGGAUGGAAAGAAAGUGUGGUGCUGAGGAAGAAGAGAUUGACCUGCCAUCGAAGAAGCUCUUAACAAAAGUAAAUUCGCAUCUGGAACCAUUAAUCACAAUUAAAGCUGCAGCUUCAACUUCCCCAACCAAACUUACAGAAAUGAGCGAUGGAAGGACUACUAAGCGAUUCAAUCGCUUCCUAAAUCCAAGGAAGAUUCUUCUCAUGUUUGCAACUGUGUCUAGCAUGGGCACAAUGAUACUCAUAUACUUCACACUUGCCAUGAACAGAGGUUGGAGUUUUGAAAUGGGGUCACUAGCAUCUGUCCAUAGCAGAAAAAGAAAAAGAAGAAAAAACAGAAGAGAAGAGAAGAGAAUUGUUUAAUGUGUAUUGAUUGCUAAACCUCAGGAAUUUAAAGUUCCCUUCUGAUCAAAUGUUAAAUUUAAAAUGAAAAAAGAUAUGAAGGAAAUUUUCUGCUCCUGUUGCACUCAUUUAGUACUUCAUAUUCAAUACUUCUUUACUCUU